AUAACUGCAGACAAGAAGUCAGUCGAUAACGAAGCAAACUCAAUUUAAGACUUAUUGAAUGAAACUUUCUUCGGAAAGAAGGAAGACCAUCCACUGGGGCGGGAGCUUGUGACUCACUCAACUUCCUCAAUAGUAGCGCAUGGAGAGUUGAGCGCGAGCAUUUCUCUCAUUCGGUGCUUUGAGGGAGAGCCGGACACUUCUGCAGGACUACACAUCUGCUGACCAGGCCAACUUAACUGACCCGACUAGGACAGAGUACUGAAGGAGUUUUGACUGGGGACUGAACUUGGAUCAGGAGCAACAUGAGCGAGCGAUUCGACUGCGACAACUGUAAGGAGUCUCUAUACGGCAGAAAGUACAUCCAGGCGGAGGAAAACCCUUACUGCAUCCCCUGCUACGACAGUCUGUUCGCCAACACCUGUGACGAGUGCAAAGAGCUGAUAGGACACGAUUCAAGAGAGCUGUUUUAUGAGGACCGUCAUUACCACGAGCACUGCUUUCGUUGUUUCCGCUGUGACCGUUCGCUGGCAGACGAGCCUUUUACUAGUCAGGAUGAUGCCCUUUUGUGCAACGACUGCUACUGCAAUGAGUUUUCCUCCAAAUGUGUGGCCUGUGAUAAAACCGUCAUGCCUGGAACCAGGAAGCUUGAGUAUGCUGGCUCCACAUGGCAUGAGAGCUGUUUUAUUUGCAACAGCUGUCAACAGCCAAUAGGCUCCAAGUCCUUCAUCCCAGAUAAAGAUGACCACUAUUGCGUACCCUGCUAUGAGAACAAGUUCGCACCGCGCUGUACUCGAUGUAAACAGGCCUUGGCUAAAGGUGGUGUGACCUAUAGGGAUGAGCCGUGGCAUAAGGAGUGCUUUGUGUGCACAAGCUGUAAAGUCCAGCUAGCUGGCCAGCACUUCACCUCUCGUGAUGACAGCCCAUACUGCAUCAAAUGCUUUGGAAAUCUGUAUGCUAAGAAGUGUGAAGCCUGCAAUAAACCUAUUACAGGUUUUGGCGGGGGAAAGUACAUCUCGUUUGAGGACCGGCAAUGGCACCAGCCAUGCUUCACCUGCUCUCGAUGCUCUGUCUCUCUGGUGGGAGCAGGCUUCUUCCCCGAGCAAGAUGAGAUCCUCUGUCGCAACUGCAACAGCACCCUAUAGAAAACAACCCCUUAUGCACAUGCCUUACCUUCCCAUACACAUGCACACACACACACACACACACGACUCUAUUAUACACUGCUGUGCCCUCACCCAAGAACUACCCAUUUCAAGUCAUGCCCAUGCUGAUACUGCUAUUUAACAUAACAGCAAACCAGCAACCUACCCCUCGCACAAUCACCAAAACACUCAACACGUGCUGGUUUACAACUGGACAAACAAGACUUGAUGAUUCCUAUGCAACGCUGAGUCCAAAUCCACUGCACCAUUCAGAAUCAACACUCAAUUAAUGUAUAGGCCUCUAUGCACAGAUAAAAAUAUCAGCUCUGCCUAUUAGUUAUCGCCAUCUUUAUUUUUACUGGCCAGUCAGAACUGUCAUUAUGCUGGUAGUGGUCAUUAAUGGGUUGAUGUAGUCUGUGUUUGCAGCCUGUAAAAGAACUCAAACAGAAUCCUUCAUAAACACCCAAAGGUCAAAGGUUUGGUGUUCUGUUAAAGUGACCGAGCACCCAUUUAGAGUUGUUCCAAACACUGUGCCAAGCAAAGUGGAAGGAACAGCAAUGACUGCAUGAUAGAUUGUGAGUUUUGGGUAAAAUGAAAGUUAUACGCCCAAAGCUAAAGCAUUUACACAACAUAUUAGUCACUUAAAUGCGUGUGACUGUUGAACGCUGUAGUUAGUGAGCACUUUUGUUUUCUAAAACUUUUGAUUUCCUUAGCAGAACUUGAAUUGCACAUGCAUUCGAUUGAGUGGAAAGUCUUCCAAAAUGCAUAGCAAUGUCAGAUAAAAGAACAGCUGAAAUAUUUCUGCGGUCCAGAGAUGUGUGGGAAGAUGAAGUUUGAAUUUUGUAUACAGGUGGAAGACAAAUAGGCUUGCAUUUGCACUACUAUAGCUUGAAUUAUCUAUAGAAGCACAGAAACUUCUACAAAGAUACAGCACGCAUUUCACUGUAUAUACACAAACCACAUAUUUAGUUCACUUCAUGUUUUUUUAUUGUUUGAUCUUUAAUAUGUCUAGUCAGAGUUUCUUAAAUCUUUAUAAACAUGUGUGUGUUAUGAGUGAAUGCAAUUAAACCAUACUUGUGUAUGUCAAACGGCAUUAUGCAUGUGGUCAAUUGAGACAAUAAGUAUUUUGUUGAUGUCAAUUUUACUUGUUUCACCAUCUAAAUAUUUUUAAAUGUACAAGUAUAUAUAUUCACUUUAAGCUUUAAUGCAAGAGAGAAAAUGUUGCCUAAUUUGCAUUUCUUAAUUAAAAACUGAUUCAAGCUUUGUAAGUUUGAGGUGUCUUUAAACAAAAUAAUAAUUAAAAACUGUUUAUUGGUUUUCUGUUAAUAAAUAUUUGAUAAAUUAAACAA